AAAUUACACACACCAAAAUAUGGUCGCCGGCCAAAUUGUCCAACCUCACUCACUAGUCACUUGACAGUAAAGUCACAGGCCCAAGCUACUGUUUUGUCCUGAGUUCCCCAAAUUAAACCCAAUACCGCAUCAGAGAUUCAGAGAGAGAAGAGGGAGGAGGCUGGGAUGGCAACGACGUCGUCUCAUCCGAAAGAGGAAGUGAAGAAGAAGAAGAAGGAGGGAUUGGGAUGGAUAGAGUGGGCAAGGGGUUGGUUGUAUCUGGUGUAUGAGAUGCUGUUCCAGAGAAUCACGGCCAGCCACUUGCAAAACCCCAUGCCUUUGCCUCCUGUCAACGAUCUCACUUGCAUUGUCACUGGAUCCACCAGCGGUAUCGGCCGCGAAAUUGCCAGGCAGUUGGCGGAAGCUGGGGCGCAUGUUGUGAUGGCAGUGAGGAACACGAAGGCAGCUAAUGAGUUGAUCCAGAAGUGGCAGAAUGAAUGGACUGGAAUGGGCCUUCCUCCCAAUAUUGAGGUAAUGGAACUUGAUUUGCUCUCCUUGGAUUCUGUUGUGAGAUUUGCUGAAGCGUGGAAUGCACGCUUAGGACCUCUCCAUGUUCUUAUCAACAAUGCUGGGAUAUUUUCAAUUGGAGAGCCACAAAAACUUUCAAAAGAUGGGUACGAAGAACACUUGCAAGUCAAUCAUCUUGCUCCAGCACUGCUCUCAGUUUUGCUAUUGCCAUCCCUUAUCAGAGGCUCUCCAAGUCGAAUUAUUAAUUUGAAUUCCGUUAUGCAUUAUGUUGGCUUUGUUGACACAGAAGACAUGAACGUCGUUUCUGGGAAAAGAAAAUAUACAAGCUUAGUGGGUUACUCAAGCAGCAAGCUGGCACAGAUUAUGUUUAGUAGUGUUCUACAUAAGCGGCUCCCUGCCGAAUCUGGCAUUACUGUAGCAUGUGUUUCACCUGGAAUUGUGCAGACUAAUGUUGCAAGGGAUCUUCCCAAAAUUGUUCAAGCUGCUUAUCGUCUAAUACCCUAUUUUAUCUUUAGUGCUCAAGAAGGUUCCAGGAGUGCUCUAUUUGCAGCCACUGAUCCUCAGGUUCCUGAGUACUGUGAAUUGUUGAAAGCGGAUGACUGGCCAGUUUGUGCAUUCAUUUCUCAAGAUUGCCGUCCAACGAAUCCUUCUGAAGAAGCUCAUAAUGUUGAAACUUCUCACGAAGUGUGGGAGAAGACAUUUGAGAUGAUUGGCCUUCCUUCGGAUGCAGUGGAGAGGCUUAUAGAAGGGGAAGAAGUUGCGUGCAGAUAUGGUGGUCAUAAGGGGUAGGCUUAUUUGAUGAUACGAAAAGUGAGUCCGAGAAGCGAGCUUAUCUCAAGGUUGUUUUGGUUGUUGAAUGGCAGAGCAAUUGCGAUUGAAUUUUGAAAAGGAGGGAAGACUGACUGGAGUACCACUAACAUCUGAUAGGCAUUUGAAGAGAUGGUUCUGCUUUGUACACCAUUUUUAUUGUUAGAUAUGUUUUCAUGGGUGUGGAGUGUGGACGCAUAAAGAAACUGUUAUGAAGAUUUGGUGUUCCUAUUUGCUUCACGCGCGCCCUUGUCAGUUGUGACUGGUGGAACUAUUUCUGUAAACUAAUGUUUCAAUUUAGAGAAUUCUAUAAAGACAAUAAUACUACGAGUCUUAAGUUAAAAGAAUGAGUAACUAAUUAACGUC